AUGGAUCUCUCCCGCGUCCUCGCCGCUAAUAUCGACGGUCGCACCCAGAACACGAGGUACCGUCAAGGGCAGUUCGAUCGUCUCCAAUCGGUGCUGGUCGAACAUGUUGCCGAAAUCCACGAUGCAAUUCGCAGCGACUCGGGACACACGCAGCAGGAAGUCCGGGCAGAAAUUGUUCUCGCGCUGCAAGAGCUGCGGACUCACUAUAUGUCCCUGAGCUUGCAAAAGGACUUGGAGGUUGAAUAUCGCAUUGCGCAUGGGAAGGACAACCUGGAAAAUGCGCGGGGUGCUGGUAUUGUGUACAUCGUUCCAUCCACGCAUACCCUGUUCUUCUCGGUCAUGUCUGCGAUGACGGCGGCCUUGGCUGCAGGAAACUGUAUUGUUUUGGAGCUCCCUCAAACAACCAUGUCCUUGCCUGGACUCCUGCGUCGGAUUCUGCCGGGCGCAUUGGAUCACGAUACCUUUGCGAUUACGAGUCAACGGCCUGAUACUUCAUUUAUGAGCAAGGCGCUCCUGGUUGUGCAAACGGGAUCGGACGCCUCGGCUGGACUCAUCUCACCAGGAACCUCGCGAAGUGUUGCAGUUGUUGAUCGCACAGCAAUGGUUACUGAAGCAGCGCAGUCGCUCGUGGCUGCUCGAUUUGCCCUUGGUGGGCGCUCGGCAUACUCGCCGGAUGUGGUGUUGGUAAAUGAGUUUGUUAUGAAACCAUUUGUCGAAGCUGUCAUUCAGCAUGCCUCAAAAUAUCUUGCAGGAGAGAAUGGCGAGGGAAGGCAGAUAUCAGUUUCGCCGCGACGAUCCGGAGUGCUCGACUCGAUCCAGAAAGACCGCACUGCGCGCAUUUUGGUAUCAGGCAGUAAUUGGGGUGUCGUCGAGGUGCAGGAUCGGAACUCCGCUCUGUUGAAGAGGAAGAUCGACGAGAAGGUGUUGCUGGUUCAUCCAGUCACUAGCUUGGAUGAUGCUAUCGAUGUCAACUUCGAUGGAACCCUCACGGCCCUUUAUGCCUUUGCAGCUCCUGCUUCAGCCAAGUAUCUAACGCAAUUUAUCGACGCUGACAUCGCCUGGGUGAACCAUGUUCCCAGCCAUAUGCUGAUUGGCCCUGCCCUUCCCCGAAACGCACCUUACAGCCCCGACACCCGCUACGCGACAUCACAGUUUCAGAAACCAAGGCCCCACCUCAUCAAUCCCUCUGCCAGCGCUUAUACAGCACAGACUAUUCUCGAGAACGAAAGUACCGUAAAGUCCGAUGCACUGUGGCGGGAGACCUUGGCCCCUCUGCCAGCAACAAAGCAGCCACCUGGAUUCAAGAUUGGUUUCUUCGAGCAAGGCAUCAUUACGGGCGGUGUUCUCACUCUGGCAUCGCUUAUUGCAACAGUGUCAACAGUGGGCUACUAUACUUGGGUAUAUGUGAGGAUGCGUGGUUAG